CUAAAACCACCACAAUGAAAUUGGUAGCUUUGAUCUUCGUGGUCUGCGGGGUGGCGGCUAACCGCUUGGAGAACAUAUAUCUGCCGCCGGUGGCGGCGAGAACGGCUGGCGGCGGCGGCCUUUUAGCUCCUCCAGCUUUCGGCGCUGGAACGGCGUCGUCCUACGUCCCUCCCGCGUCUGGACCAGUUCCAUCCCAAGUUUAUAACGCACCAUCUGCCAGGACUUAUUCAGGACUCGCAGGGGGCGCACCUGUUGCUAUCCUUCGUUUCAACAAUGACAACAGUGGAGACGGAACUUACAGAUUCGAAUACGAGACCGAAAACCGCAUAAGUCAACAAGAAUCCGGCCAGCUAAAGAACUUUGGGACGAAUCAGGAAACGAAUGUCGUACAAGGCACUUACUCUUACACGGGUCCCGAUGGGGUUACUUACACUGUUAACUACGUUGCGGACGAAAAUGGUUUUAGGGCCAGCGGCGAUCAUCUGCCCACGCCGCCCCCUGUACCUGCCGCCAUUCAGAAAUCUCUCGAGAUUAACGCCGCUUCGAGCCGUUCCGGUUAUUCUGCCACGGACUCGUUUACGACUUCCGAUCCUAGCAGGCAGUACCUGGCACCGCAAGCCGCCCAGCGUACAGCAGGAUACAACUACUGAAAAUACUUGACAUUGUAUAUAUCUAAAAUAAAGAAUUAGUGAUGUA